CGGAGGAAGAGGAGCAGCUGAAACACGCUGAGAGUCUCAUACAUCGGGGACUUCUGUCUGGAGAUCUCUCUCUUUUUUCGGAAAAGUUUUCAAGUGAUAACCCAACAGGAGCAGCUGGAUUUCCUUUUCUUUUUUCUCUUUACAGGGUUGUUGAGAUGAUUCCUCUCCUCCUGCUCUGCUCGCUCAGUCUGAGUUUUGCUCAAGACUCUGUCAGGCUGGUGGGGGGGACCAGUCUGUGCUCAGGUAGACUGGAGGUGAACUCUGACCCGUCUAACCCGUCCUGGUCCUCAGUGUGUGAGGCUGACUUUGACCAGCAGGAUGCUCAGGUGGUCUGCAGGCAGCUGGGCUGUGGGGCUCCUUCAGUCCUCCAGGGGGCGCUCUAUGGAGAAGGGGAGGCUCCAAUGUGGACAAAAGAGUUCCAGUGUGGAGGCCAUGAGUCUGCUCUCCUGGACUGUAGCUCAGCCUCAGAGAGAAACACCUGCACAUCUGGCAGAGCUGUUGGCCUCACCUGCUCAGAGCCGGUCAGACUGGUGGGAGGAGAGAGUCGCUGUGCAGGAGACCUGGAGGUGAAACAAGGAGAAUGGAGACCAGUGGGGGGCGUUAACUCUCUCUGGACCCUGGAGACAGCAGAUGUUGUCUGCAGAGAUCUGGACUGUGGCUCUGCUGUUUCUGUGGGAGAGAGAGAGGAGUCCUCAAAGAGAUCUGUGUGGAGGAUCAGACCUGCCUGUGUUCAGUCUGGAUCUGCUCUGAGGGAGUGUGCAUUAUCAGUUUCCUCUUCCCACUUCCUGACUGUCACCUGUUCAGACUCUGUCAGGCUGCUGAAUGGGACCAGUCUGUGCUCAGGUAGACUGGAGGUGAAGUCUAACCAUUCUAACCCGUCCUGGUCCUCAGUGUGUGAGGCUGACUUUGACCAGCAGGAUGCUCAGGUGGUCUGCAGGCAGCUUGGCUGUGGGGCUCCUUCAGUCCUCCAGGGGGCGCUCUAUGGAGAAGGGGAGGCUCCAAUGUGGACCAAAGAGUUCCAGUGUGGAGGCCAUGAGUCUGCUCUCCUGGACUGUCGCUCAGCCUCAGAGAGAAACACCUGCUCAUCUGGCAGAGCUGUUGGCCUCACCUGCUCAGAGCCGGUCAGACUGGUGGGAGGAGAGAGUCGCUGUGCAGGAGACCUGGAGGUGAAACAAGGAGAAUGGAGACCAGUGAAGGGCUCUAACUCUCUCUGGACCCUGGAGACAGCAGAUGUUGUCUGCAGAGAUCUGGACUGUGGCUCUGCUGUUUCUUUGGGAGAGAGAGAGGAGUCCUCAAAGAGAUCUGUGUGGAGGAUCAGACCUGCCUGUGUUCAGUCUGGAUCUGCUCUGAGGGAGUGUGCAUUAUCAGUUUCCUCUUCCCACUUCCUGACUGUCACCUGUUCAGACUCUGUCAGGCUGGUGAAUGGGACCAGUCUGUGCUCAGGUAGACUGGAGGUGAAGUCUAACCUGUCUAACCCGUCCUGGUCCUCAGUGUGUGAGGCUGACUUUGACCAGCAGGAUGCUCAGGUGGUCUGCCGGCAGCUGGGCUGUGGGGCUCCUUCAGUCCUCCAGGGGGCGCUCUAUGGAAAAGGGGAGGCUCCAAGGUGGACCAAAGAGUUCCAGUGUGGAGGCCAUGAGUCUGCUCUCCUGGACUGUAGCUCAGCCUCAGAGAGAAACACCUGCUCACCUGGCAGAGCUGUUGGCCUCACCUGCUCAGAGCCGGUCAGACUGGUGGGAGGAGAGAGUCGCUGUGCAGGAGCUCUGGAGCUGAAGCUUCAGGGAGAAUGGAGACCAGUGAUUGGUUUUCCUACCUGGACCCUGGAGGCAGCAGGUGUUCUCUGCAGAGAUCUGGACUGUGGCUCUGCUGUUUCUGUGGGAGAGGGACAGUUGUCCUCAAAGAGCUCUGCGUGGAGGAUCAGUCCUACCUGUGUUGAGUCUGCAUCUGCUCUGAGGGAGUGUGCAACCUCAAGUUACUCUUCCUACUUCCUGACUCUUACCUGUUCAGACUCUGUCAGGCUGGUGAAUGGGACCAGUCUGUGCUCAGGUAGACUGGAGGUGAAGUCUAACCAGUCUAACCCGUCCUGGUCCUCAGUGUGUGAGGCUGACUUUGACCAGCAGGAUGCUCAGGUGGUCUGCAGGCAGCUGGGCUGUGGGGCUCCUUCAGUCCUCCAGGGGGCGCUCUAUGGAGAAGGGGAGGCUCCAAUGUGGACCAAAGAGUUCCAGUGUGGAGGCAAUGAGUCUGCUCUCCUGGACUGUAGCUCAGCCUCAGAGAGAAACACCUGCUCACCUGGCAGAGCUGUUGGCCUCACCUGCUCAGAGCCGGUCAGACUGGUGGGAGGAGAGAGUCGCUGUGCAGGAGACCUGGAGGUGAAACAUCAGGGAGAAUGGAGAGCAGUGGGGGGCUCUACCUGGACCCUGGAGGCAGCAGAUGUUCUCUGCAGAGAUGUGGACUGUGGUUCUGCUGUUUCUGUGGGAGAGAGAGAGGAGUCCUCAGAGAGACCUGUGUGGUGGAUCAGAUCUCUCUGUGUUCAGUCUGGAUCUGCUCUGAGGGAGUGUGCAUUCUCAGGUUCCUCUUCCCGCUUCCUGACUCUUACCUGUUCAGACUCUGUCAGGCUGGUGAAUGGGACCAGUCUGUGCUCAGGUAGACUGGAGGUGAAGUCUAACCAGUCUAACCAGUCUAACCCGUCCUGGUCCUCAGUGUGUGAGGCUGACUUUGACCAGCAGGAUGCUCAGGUGGUCUGCAGGCAGCUGGGCUGUGGGGCUCCUUCAGUCCUCCAGGGGGCGCUCUAUGGAGAAGGGGAGGCUCCAAUGUGGACCAAAGAGUUCCAGUGUGGAGGCCAUGAGUCUGCUCUCCUGGACUGUAGCUCAGCCUCAGAGAGAAACACCUGCUCACCUGGCAGAGCUGUUGGCCUCACCUGCUCAG